AUGGCAGAAAAAGAACUAGAAAUUAUUUACCAAAGAAUCGAUUUGGAUUAUGAACUUAAAGCCUUGGAACCCUAUAUUCCGGAGAAAAUUAUGAAUGACCAUUACCACGGAAAUCACCAAGGAUACGAAAACAAUUUAAAUUUAAUUCUAGCAAAAUUAGAAAAAGAGAAAAGGGAAUAUCUAAAAAAUAAUUACUCUGAAUUAAAAAAACUUUUGCAAAAUCUCAAUCAAUUAACUAGCGAAUUAGCCCUUGCUCCCGAAAUUAAAGAAGCCAUUCGCUUUCAUGCUGGCGGCUUAAUUAAUCAUAACUACUUUUUUUGGCAUUUAGCAAAAAAUAAAAUAAAUACUAGCAAGGCCUUUUUAGAAGCACUCCGUGAUAGCGGCUUCGAUAGUUUAGACCCCCAAAGUGAUUUAAAAGACCAGUUAAUCAAACAAGCCCUCGACCCAACCAUUAAUGAGAAAAAACAAAGCAAUCAAGGGCUUGAAUUACAAGUUUCGGAAUGUUUUUAUGAUAAUCAAAUAAUUAAUAAAAUUACGCUUAAACAUAAUCACAAAAUUUUAACAAGUGCCGAGAACAAUCAAUUUAUUAUCAAAAAUAUUCAAAGCAACGAAAUCGAAUUUAAGCCAAGUUCUAAAAAAAUCACCAAAAUUCGCCUUUCCGGUGCUGACGACCAAGACCAAAAAAUAAUUGAGGAAAACAAAAAUGAAUAUUUUUUUACAAUUGGGGGAAUUAAAAAAUACGAAUUGCUUCCCGCUAUUGGGAAAACCCAAAUGCUCGUCCUUUCUGCCGAUAAUUUCCGUGAUUUAGAAAAAAGCUGCCAAGGAGACUUAGCAAAAAUUGGUUUGAAAGAUUACCAAAAAAUUCGCAUUAUUUUUCACCAAGAGAUAAACGACGGCGAUAUCAUUGAAUUUAAACUAACUAACUUGAAAGACAUUUUACAACGAGACAAGGAAGAUGGCAUAUUAAGAAUAGAUAAUAGUUACCAUUCCUUUGCCAAAAUCAAAACUGGUUCGGCUGUUUCCGCUCAGGAGCAAGCCCAAAAAACUAUCCAAAAACAAGGCCGAAAAUUUCUCAAAAAAUACCAAAACGAGCAAGCAGAAAGGGUAAAUAGUGGUCAAAAAAGUUUAGAAAAAUAUUCCCAAAUUCUCCAACAACUUCGCGAUAAAUUCAAUGACCCAACGAGCCGGGAAUUAAUUGACCAAAAAAAUAGCCUUUCCCAAAAAUUAGCCGAGUUUGCUAGUCAAAGUCAACUGGAAAACAAAAUUGCUUUGCUGGAAAGACAGAUUUUUUUCACUAUGACAGAUUACCAAGACCAAAGCAAAAAUGACCAAUUUAAACAAGGAUUAGCUAAAAUCGACCAAGAAUUUACGGAAUUAACCGAAGAAAUAGCCAAAUUUCAAACUUCACUCAGGGAGCAUUUAAAAGAAAAAUGGGUUUUGGUUUACGAACAAGACCCGCAACUUCAACAGUUAUUUGCCAAACAUAAAAAAUAUCUUCAAGAGCAGAAUUCUCGCGACGGAUUACCAAAUAAUUUAGGUUAUUUUCCCCACGAUUUAAAAGAAGGCACCGAACACAAAAAAAUAAUUAAAGAUUCGCAAUCAGAGAAAUUGGCUGAGAAUAUUUUAGAAAUUCAAAAAAAAAGAUUUACGGAACAAGCCAAAACUUAUUUUAAAACCUUUAUUGAGCAAGAAUUAGAAAAAGUUCCGGUCGGAAACACUGCCGAACUUGGUAAAUACUCCACUUACGCCCAAGAGAUUGAAAAAAAAGAAAGUUGGGAAAAACUGGAAAGUUAUUUAGAAAGACGAGCCAAAGACCAAAAAGACUUGACAAAACGAAUUGCUUCCCGCCAAGCAGAAAAAAAAAAUUGGUUACUCGUUUGGCAAAUUAAUAAAUACCUUCGUUGCUACCAAGAAUUACAAGAAGAAGCCGAACAAGAUUAUUUUUCCCAAAGACUACAAUUAAAAGAAGUUGAGCGAUUAUUAGAAAAAAUUGAUAAAUCUUCCUUAAAUAGCGAACAAAUUGAACUACAAAGAACUCUCCAAAAAAUAACCGAACCACUUAUGAAUCUGUAUGUGGCUAGAGGCUUUCAAAGAAAUUUUAAUGAGGCUACUUCGGCAAAAGAAAAACAAGAAAAACUAACUGAAAAGGAAGCCCAAAUCCAAAAACAAAUUGAGCAAAAUCUUCGCCUAAUUCAGCAAGGAAAAGCUACGGAAAAAUUUGUUCUCAUUAACGAAAAGCCAACCGAACUUGAAAUGCUCACCUUAGAACCCGAAGUUCAAGGAGAAAAUGAUUCUACAACCGAAAGCACUAAAGACCAAGAUUGA